UUUUGUAUUUUGCUUUAUUAUUUUGCAUCUUGCUUUGUUAGGGUUUGUAGUUGUUAUUAGUGUUAUUCUCUCAUUGGAAACUAAGUACCAGCAGGUUUGGCAAGUGAGACUAUAACCGAUGACAGGGAUACAACAUAUGAAGAGGAUAUCAACUCUGCUGGGACCAAGAAAAGUGAUUCAAAAAGGUACAAGUUGUCUUACAAGCUUGCUGAGCAAAAUCGAUUUUCUGGUCCUUUCUAUAUCAAGUUAAAAUGACGUUAGAACUUUUGUGAAAAAAUGAGGUUCAACUCUGCUCCUAUAUUAAUGAUAUUCAAGGUCAGGGAUAUGGAAAGAAAGCAGGUCACUCAAUGUUCUUUCUUGAGAAUAUUUUUGUUCCACCAAUCAAAUUCCACCCUCCCACUAAAGGAGGUGAUAUGGUAUUGGAGCAUGCUCAUACUGUUUUGUUGAGUAAGAUUAUGCAGUCUAACAUAAGAUUAGGGGAUGCCCAUCUAAACAAGAAGGAUCCCUCGAUGGUUUUAGCCAGGAAAAACAGAAUAUGUUUAUGCUCGUGUGAAGCUUUCAAGAUAUUCUUUAGAGGUUCUGUCUGAAGAUUUGCCUGCUACUAUUUCUAAAAUAUCAUUUCCAAAGACGAUGAAAUGGAAUUCCCAGGUAUGUGGGAUUUGAGGCAGAUGAAGAACCAGAAAUCUCCCAAAUACGAUCUUCCGUUGAACAAGAUAUUUAAAGAACAAGAUUUUUUUCUCUUCUAUCAGAAGGUUAAUAAUUUUUAUUAGAAGAUACUUAUGUAGGAUACAAUAUUUUGGUUUUUUAUAGUUUAUUAGUAGUAAAUUCUAAGUGGUCUAAUGUAUAUUUUGAUAUGGGUAUGUUUAAUUUAGUGUGAGAUGUAUGAAUACUCAUUUAUGAUCAUCCCAAUAUUUUUAGUUCAUUAUAAA